UUGGGCUCGGGGGCCCAACACAAACCGGGCACCCGAUUGAUAGACUAGGGUUUGUAAGAGAAAUUGGGACACCAUCGUCUACAUAUUGAAAAGGCGCCCAAGCAAGUUUGUUCUUUCGCCGCCGUCGCUCACAACUCGCAAACCACAAUGCCUAAGCAGAUCCACGAGAUUAAGGAUUUCCUUCUGACGGCACGGAGGAAGGAUGCGAGGUCGGUGAAAAUCAAGAGGAGCAGGGAUGUCGUUAAGUUUAAGGUUCGAUGCUCCAAGUAUUUGUACACGCUUUGUGUCUUUGAUCCUGAGAAAGCCGAUAAAUUGAAGCAAUCUCUUCCUCCCGGUUUGAGUGUUCAAGACCUGUAGAGGUGCUGAGUGCGGCAGCGUGCGUUUGUUUAUCUUUUUGUUGCCUCAUGCUCUAGAUUUUGUGGCUUGCUUUUAUAUUUUGGUAAUUGUUAUGAGGAUAUGCUUGUUUUUUAUUUGCUAUGAAAAUGCGAAAGUUUUAUUUUGAGCACAAUUUAAUUGAAUUGCCCAUAAUUUUGUGGUUUA